AUGCCCUUACUCCCUCGUCCCAGUUCCUCUCUACUCUGUCUGGCCCGCGUUCCUGCUGGCCUCCUUGACUCUUCUGCGCUCCUACUUCUCGACAAAGAGCCUGCAUCGCCAAUCCCAUGGCAAAGACCUCGACCUCGCUUUCACGCGACUGCUUGUGCUGACCUGUUCCAGCGCUUACGGACCUUCAAAACAACAUGUAUGUGCCUGCUCGCAUCCCGCUCUGGAAACCUUGCCGACAUCGUCGAUUCCUAUUCCGCCGAGUCGACGAUUGAUGUCGCCCAACAAAUGCCUGCUUUCCAGCCUACCGGCGCACCGUCAUGGAUGGGCCUGAUCGUCGAUGCUGACACAAAUGCAGCUUCUUGUUCAGCAAUCCGGAGCCAGCUAGCCUAUGAACAGCAAAUCGACACAAACCUAACAACCCUGUCGACGUCAACCGCCGCUCUCGACAGUUCCAUUCAAGGCCUCUUAUUCGUCCCCGACAUAACCUCCGUUCCAUCUUGCGAUGUUCAACAGUACGACUCCCUUCCGCGAAAUGUCACUCGUAAAAAGGAUCUGCCGCCUGCAAAUUUCAAUUUAGUCGCGAUUGCUCCAUGGUUUAGCAGUGACUGUACCCAGGCCUAUCUCAACUCAGCCCUUCAAGGCCCUGUCAAAGCAUUCAUUUUCUACAAACCCAACAACUCUACGAACAAACCCCAGGAUGGUGACUCACCUGUUUGGAACCUCGGCGACGGCGGCGCCUGGCGAUCGAACCGCCACUUCCCCGUUUUUGCCAUCCCGGGCCUCCAAGGCCAGAAGAUCAUUACGCAGCUGAGUUUGUACUCCGGCUCCAUAACCCAGGUCCCUCACGGCCAAGAGGUCCAGCGGCUGUAUAAUCUCCACGGGACGACAUAUUUGCGCAUAUGGACCAAGCUUACCUUGGAUAAACCGUCGAGCCCACCGGCGACUUGGGCUUUUAUCCUCAUUGUUAUCGGGGCCCUGCUCUUCAUCAUCCUUACAGUUUCCAUUGCUAUGCAUUUCAUACAGCGACGAAACCGCAACUCUUUGAAACGUCGAGUCCAAUCCGGUGAGGUCGAUCUCGAGGCGAUGGGUAUUAAGCGCGUGACUGUGCCUGCCUCUCAUGUUGCACAGUUUCCUCUCUUCACUUACAAUGCAGAGCCCGAUUCCUACGCCUCACCGUCAAGCCCUCGAUCACAGGCCACUCCAUCUGGCCGUACACGAAAGACACGCAAGAAGCGACGGCGAGAACCUGGCACCAAGACAGAAGCAAUGGCCCCGGGUGCGCCAAGCGUCCGCAGUAUACGAAGCAAGCGAUCGAGUCUGACCGGCACUGGCGAGACCAUGGCCACCAAUUUCCAACCAACCUGUCACAUUUGCCUGGCCAGCUUCGAACAUCGAGUUACAGUUAUCCGCGAACUACCAUGCGGGCACAUAUUUCACUCCGAAUGCAUUGACGAGUUUCUCAUACAAAACAGCUCUUUAUGCCCAACGUGCAAGCACUGCAUGCUCCCAAGAGGCUAUAGUCCAAAGGUAACGAACGGAAUGGUCCGGCGAGAAAGAGCUUUGAGGCGGCUUAGGGAGAGGGUUGAUCUAGAGGAACUAUCACUUGAAUCUGGAGACACAAAACUGAAGGCAUGGGGCAAGAAGCUCUUUAGCACCUCACACACGAGCCACGCCAAGGCAGAUGUGCAAAUGAAAUCGCUCAAGUCAUCGAAACACGCCACCAAAUCAGAAGAAAACAACCAGAAUCCUACAGAAAUAGAUGGGAGCAACAGUUCUGCUUCAUUGCCAGAUAGGGCUGCAGACUCUGCAACGCCAGACUCCAUGGAACCGCCUCAUGUGGCCCCUACCGCGGCAACGACUCGACCUAGAAAGCCAAAUCCGCGAAUGCUCAAGCUCCUUCCGACUCAACCCGAGAAUGCUGCCCUGCAUACGGGAGACAGAGCCCCGAACAGGCGGGGAAGCCCAUCGGCAUUUGCUCGGGAACGGAUGCGAGAAAUCGCUGACAACAACGCGCCCUUCGAUGACCCCGACAAAUCUCGCCCAAGAUGUGAGUCCUGGUUCGCGAGUAACGCGACCCAUUCGCAACUGUUUGAUGAAGUCAGCAUGUACUAA